AUGACUAAUAAAAAUAUAGAUAGUAGAAUUCGCCGAUCAACCCAAGGAAAUGAUGAUUCAACGUCAAUAUGCCUGGAUACUCAGUAUAUAGACACAUCAAUUGAUAAAAAGAGACCCAAAGACGUUGCACGUCGAUCGGAGGAUACCGGAGUAUCCAUUGGCAAUUCAUCCUCUGCUGAUGCAUCUACAGAUGGCUCGGUAUCUGGCAAAUUCAUUCCAAAGAAAUUGAGUAUAUUCCCUUUGAAGAAACUCGAGGCUCAAAAUGGCUCAUGGUUUGACGUUUUUGGGUUUGGAAAAUCUGUUUUGCAGACUCCUAUAUAUGGUCUGGCCAUUCCUCAGUGCAGCUGCGAAAGAGUACCUUCAAAUCCCCUGCUCUAUAACAUCGAGGAGGCUAUAAAGGGAAAGUCAAAGUUAAAGGGUAUUCCUAAACAAGUAAAGGGAGAAAGGUGUACUAGAUUUAAUCAGUGGUGGCUAAAAUGUUGUCAGUCUGCGGUUUUCAAACAAAGCGGUAUUUAUUGGACCCUUAUACAUUUGCUUGAAGUCAAGGUAAAUGUAGAUGGUAAAGAAUCGGCAGUUUGUGACCUGGUAUUAGGAGGAAGGACAACAUUGGCGAUUGAACUAGAUAUUAGGAGAACAUACCCUUCUCUUAGAUUUUACAAUAAAUAUGGCCGUUCCAUGCUAAGGAGGAUUUUAAUGGCGUACGCAUUCUUCGAUCCAGAGGUUGGCUAUGUUCAGGGAUUAAACUUUAUAGUGGCCAAUCUUUUAUGGCACUCUAGUGAAGAACAAGCGUUUUGGGCCUUGAUUUCCCUCAUGUACUUAUACGAUCUCAGACCAAUGUUUUUACCCGGACUUCCUGGUGUUUUCAAGAGGUGUGAAAUUUUGGAGCAUGUGAUGGCUAAACACCUCCCAGCAUUGCAUGCUCAUUUGAGAAAUGUUGGAGUUCACAUUCCAAUGAUUUCUUCAGACUGGUUUAUGACGCUCUGUGCAAACUCUAUUCCAAUAAAGCCACUUGGACGUCUUUGGGAUUCGUUCUUUUCUGAAGGAUGGGUUACAAUUUUUAGAUUUAUAAUUUUUAGACUUCGACAGUUUGAAAAAUACUUGUUAACAAUGUCAGAUAUCGCCGACAUAAUGAAGGUGAUAAAGUAUGGAAAUACGAACAUAACUGAACGAUGGAGUUUUACGGAUUUUAUCCCAGGGUUCGGAUCAAAUAUAAAUAAAAAGAAGCUGGAGUUGAUAAAUGCUGCGUAUUCGACAAACGUUGAAAAUUUAACGAAUGAUCCAAAUAGAAAUUCAAACGAAAACGACUGGCUAUCAAUUGUGGAAGAAUCUCUAAGCUGCAAUGUUGAAGCAAGUUAUAUUGAAGAACUAGAUCUCACGAACUCAGAGAUUUUAUAUCAUGAUUGCACGCACGUUCCUAUAGACUCAUUUGACUCUGUACUUGGUCUUACAUCGCAAACAUCACGUGACGAACCAGUUGCCACUCCAAUGUCUGACAAUCUUUUUUAUAAAACUCCUGUAAAUGAUAAUUCCCCUGAAAGAGAUCCUGAGUUUAUGGAAGCCCAUUCUAACGAGGAAAAUAGCGAUACUCAAGAAUACGUGGAUACUUUUGGCGUCCAUUUGGAUACUGAAGCUGAAAUGGACGAUAGAUUAAUAUCAAAGCUCCAGAAUAAACAUAUUCACGAGGCUGAAACACACGAUGGCCUACCUAUACAUUUGUUGGAGGAAAAGGGUCUUGGGGAUGUUGCAAAGAAGUUAACAAAUCUUGCAAAUUCAUUCAAGGCUCAAUUAGCCGCAAUUGGAGUUUCAAACGCAUAUUCUCUACACCUUCGUGCACUUCACGAUGAAUAA